CGCCUUAUAUGACUGUUUUUUUCUCGCUGAUCCAAGAUGGGCUGUGUAUAACGUCACAUGUUGUUUGUUUUUUAAGCUCAGUCAUUCUGAGCGAGGAGUUGUUUUGCGGCGAACUAAUAGACAUCGCAUUUUGAAAGAGAGCGGAAAAAUCCAAUUCUCGGAUAUUUAAGUUUUUCAUCUCUUUUUCUACGGAUGGAUAAAAAGUUCUUGAAACUGAAUAAAUAAAUUUUAAACGCAAGAAUGGCAAGUCCGCCUCUUAAAGGGGGACCCGCGUUAUCAAAUGACAACAACAUUCAUUCAAACAACAUCAGAAAAUGCGGAUACCUCAAGAAGCAAAAGCACGGACAUCGGCGCUAUUUUGUUUUGAAGGAUCAGAGUGACGGACUCCCUGCGCGGCUGGAGUAUUAUGAGAAUGAAAAGAAAUGGAAAAACAAGUCCGCUGCAAAAAGAGUCAUAUUCAUCGACUCCUGUCUGAGCAUAAACAAGCGCGCUGACGCGAAACACAGAUAUUUAAUAGCACUAUAUACCAAGCACGAGUAUUUUGCUGUUGCUGCGGAGAAUGAGCAAGAGCAGGAGAGCUGGCACGCAUACUUAACCGAUUUAUUAAGUAAGGGAAAAGUGUGUGACAGUUCCGUUUCUAGUUCGGCAUCAUCUCUGGUGGGCUUCGAGGAGGGAAAUUACGGUAUGAUUACACCAGUGAAUGCCGCGUAUAAAGAGGUAUGGCAAGUAAAUCUUAAAGCAAAGGGACUUGGGCAGAGCAGAAAUAUCACUGGAGUUUACAGACUGUGCUUAUCAAGUCGGACAAUUAGCUUUGUGAAACUUAACUCGGAGGUGGCAUCUGUGACACUGCAGUUGAUGAAUAUACGCAGAUGUGGGCACUCUGAUAGCUUUUUCUUCAUUGAGGUGGGAAGAUCUGCUUCUACUGGACCCGGAGAGCUGUGGAUGCAAGCAGACGAUUCUGUGGUGGCACAAAAUAUACAUGAGACCAUUUUAGAAGCUAUGAAAGCGUUGAAAGAGCUGUCAGAGUUCAGACCACGCAGCAAAAGCCAGUCAUCAGGAUCAAAUCCCAUCUCUGUACCCACUCGGCGGAACCUAAACAAUCUACCCCCUAGUCAGACGGGGUUGGUGAGGAGGUCAAGGACGGACAGUACAGCAGCAACAUCUCCUGUCCCCAAAUUUUCCUCUUGCCGAAUACGCACAGCAAGUGAAGGGGAGGGCACCAUGACCAGUCCUGUCUCCAUGUCAAUAUCUGAGAAUGGGAGCCCGAUAACUGUUGGCCGGAACCACAUGAGCAGAUCUAACACAGUCUCUGUGGGCUGCCGGACAUCAGAACCAUCACUGCUUCAUCACAGCAGGUCCAUGUCCAUGACAAUGUCCCACUCGCCACCAUCUGCUGUAAGCCCACUAAGUUUGUCCUCAAUCAGUAUGAAUGGAUCCAUCUCAUCUGCAGUACACAGACCCUCCAGCUGCAAUGAUUCUGUUUCUGGGUCACCCAACGAUACUGGCUUCCUCUCAUGUGACGAUUACAGUUCUAGCCCAGGGGAUGUGAGGUACAACCUAGCAAACAGGAGUGACACUCCUUCUUCUCUCUCCAGUACACCACCCUCACGAGAAGCCAGUGAGCUCCAUGGUUACAUGGUGAUGGACAGGCCAACCCAAAACAAGAUGUGGCCAAGUAGCAGAGAAAUGCUGGAUGUGGAGACAUACCGGAAGAGGACGUAUUCUCUGACAACCCCGCGGCAACAGGUAGCACACUCCCAGCUAUCUUCAGCAUCAUUUGAUGAAUACAUGCUGAUGAGGGCUGCGAACAGCCACUCUGGACGGAGCACAAAUUCUGCCUCUUAUAAGGUCUCAUACCCAGAAGAUUAUGGGGACAUUGAGGUUGGCUCUAACAGUAAUGUGGGUGAUGAUGGCUACAUGCCUAUGACACCAGGCAUGGCACCUCAGGGUGCCAAAAAUGAUCACUACAUGCACAUGAGUCCUAUGAGUAUUUCAGCACCCAAGCAGAUCAUUAACCCGAGGUUACAUCCCCAGCCCACAGGCAGUGGCUGCACUACUAACUCGCCCAGCAGUGGAUCUCUAGAAGACAGCGGGUACAUGAAGAUGUGGUCUGGAUCCAAGUUUUCUCUUGAGAGCUCUGACGGGAAAGCGGUGAGUGGAGAAUACAUGAAUAUGUCGCCUGUUGACUCAUGCGUCUCGCCCACACCACCAGAUUAUUUGCUGGGUCAGUGUGAACCAACACAACGGCCCUCCCCAUCUCUAAGUAUUCGCUUCAACAAGCAACAGGCACCUAAACGGGCAGAGGAUGACCAGUAUGUUUUGAUGAGUCCCCAGAGCCAAAAUCCAACAGAAGAGGCAAACAGGGUUUCUGCCCUGCCCCCUCUCCGUCGCCCAGAUGGCAUAGCACACAGAGCAAGAGUCAACAGGCCCAAUAGGUUAUCUCUAGACACUCUGAGGAUGCUUCCCAGCAUGACAGAACAUCCUCUCCCUUGUGAGCCUAAAAGCCCUGGUGAGUACAUCAACAUAGACUUUGCUGCUGCUACACAGUACUCUUCUCCCUCUAUGGUUUCUGUGGAAAGCCAAGGCUCAUUGUCCAACCUCAGACAGGGAUCCCCCCUCUCAGACUACAUGAAUCUCAACCAGAAUUCACACUCUCCUAAACUGAGGGAAGCACUCAGCAGUCCCCUGGAUGGAAUGCCAGAGCUGGCUGAAUGCCCAUGCCCACCUGAUGAGAGGGCUUUUUUCCUCAAUGAACAGAGGAAAUCACCAUGCCCAUCUGGCACAGGUAAAGAUAACUACACUGAGAUGAGUUUCAACAAUGGUCAGAUCUCACCUCCAUUCCUGACUGAGAAUGAUGGGAGUGCUUCAGUCAGCCCCACUAGCAGGGUUCAAAGGCUUAAUUUAAGCGACCAGGGGGUUUCAACUGGAAUUGGUGCUUUCUUGUUGGCUGCCUCCUCUGUAGACCCAAAUGGAGGAGCGAAGGUGAUCCGAGCAGACCCUCAGGGCCGGAGACGGCAUAGCUCUGAGACCUUUUCAUCCACCACCACAGUUGCACCUGUCUUUCCUUCCUUUGCACACAAUGUUAAGCGCCACAGCUCUGCCUCAGUCGAGAACAUCUCUGUCCGAAGCAGUGAAGGUUCUGAUGAGGAGUAUGGGUCUCCCAUGUGCCGAGAGACUUCAGCUGGUUAUCAGAAUGGACUUAACUACAUUGCCUUAAACCUCAUGGAGAAACAAGAGAUGGGCAAUUGUGAGCUUGUGGGCUUCAAGACUGGUGGUUGCUGCAAAGCAGGAAUAAAUGGAUUACAUGCAACUUCAUAUGUGUGUCUGGGAUUCAAAGAGACUGCUACCACUGUACAAGAUUGAGCAGGAAGCAGAAGUUACUCCUCCUGGUACUGAGGCAAAGUGGAAGCUCAACCAGCAACUGGUCUGGACUAUGCU